AUGGGUUCCAGUUCGAGUUCGACAAGCAGUAGUAGCACAGAUUCGAAUGUUGAAGCUAAUGAAAGCUUCAAUUUUAGAUUUACAGAUUGUUCUUGUAAAUGUGAUGCAAGUAAAAGACGUAUAGAAGAUAUACAUGGACAUCAUGAUAUACCACAAGCUGCUUUUCUUACUGCAUUUAUGGCACAAAUGAAUCGAUCACAAUAUGAUAUACGUUGUGAUUGUGAUUGUGGUGAAGGUGUAAAAAUGGGCUUUCUCUUUGGCAACACGCCAUCGAAUACUCAACAAUCAUCGAUGACUGACAAUCAUUAG